AUGGCUAAAGAAAUUACUGACAUCAAGGAGUUUUUGGACUUGACCAGAAGAUCGGACGUUCAGAGAGCCACUAUCAAGAUCAACAAGAAGUUGAACAAAAAUGGUAAGGCUUUUAGACAAACCAAGUUCAAGAUUAGAGGUCAAAAAACCUUGUACACUUUGAUUCUCAAUGAUGCUGGUAAGGCUAAGAAGUUGAUUCAAUCUUUGCCACCAACUUUGAAGGUUAACAAGUUGUAA